UAGUACUGACUCCGUCUCGUCAAAUAUAGUGCAAGAAACUCACAAAGGUAUUGUGCCUCCAUUCUAAUGCAGUUGUGACUGCAUGAAAGUCUCAUCUGGGCUCUGAGGAGCAGCGGAACAGAACGGUUGACGCAGACCUCGGAUGUGCUCAUGAUCGACUCUCAGCUUGAGACCUAGUGUAACAUUCGACUCCUCUCACCUCGGACACAACCGGAGAUAUAAUUGAGGGCAUAUAGCUUUUGCCUUCCUCUUAUCAGCAGUCCUUGAUGAUGAAGCUUUUGCCUCCAGUUGCCUACCGCGAUGACUUGCCUAAGGUGUCUAGAUAAGAAGAGUUCGCAUUUGGCCCCAGCUUACGACGUGUAGUAACGGGUUACCAGGAGCUUCCCUAUUUUUCGACAAAACGAUACCAUGCCACCUGUGAGGCCGCCUCACCUGGCAACAAUCUCGAAUAAUUCCAAGCUGUGGACUGCUUUCACAUCGAGUUACCGGGGCCUCGAAUUGUGUAAUUACACACAACAUCUAGAAGCACACUUACUACACAGUGCAAAAGUCUAUUCAGUAGCCCUACGAAAUUGCGCCCACGCGGGAAAGCCCAUAAAACAAAGGCUCUCAAUCUCUUCCAGGCCCCGCGGCAACCUCCAGUCUCACUCCAACUCAUUACCCGCAAACCACUCAAGUCGUCCCUUUAGUAGUCUCAGCAAAUCUACCAAAAUGGCAUCUCAACAAACAGACUCAGAGUCGUCCAGCCCCGCAUUUUCCAUUGAGUCAACAACACCAGUUGCACCGGACAGUUCUGCGUCAGACUCAUCAGCUACCUUCGACUUCGAUGCCGUCCUAGCCAAGCACAACGUUACCAAGAAGCGUCUCAACGAAGUCCACAAUGUACUCAUUGACAUUGCCACGGAUGCAGGAAAGAUCAUGGUUGCAGCCGAGGACUGCAUCAUCACGACCGUCCAUAAAAAGAACACAUCCGACGUAGUCACCAGAUUCGACAAGCAAAUCGAAGCUAUGGCAGAGGAACGCCUUGCCCAAUCCUUCCCCGAAUACACUUUCCUCGGCGAAGAGACGUUCAAGCACGGCACGAAGCUCGCAGACACGCCGACAUUCAUUGUGGAUCCAAUCGACGGCACGCUGAACUUCUCACUUGGUGUACCCAACUGUGCCAUCUCACUGGCCCUAACGCUCGACAAGAAACCUGUCGUUGGCGUCGUGUUCAAUCCUUUCCGCGGAGACAUGUACCACGCGAUCAAGGGUCAAGGCGCCUACCUGACCAAGACCUUCACCAACCACAAGAUCAAGCUACCCGUCCAGCCCAUACCUAAAUCGAUGCCAUCGCUCAACUCCUGUCUCAUAGCCGUCGAAUGGGGCAAUCAACGCUCUGGUCCAAACUGGGCCCUGCGCACAUCAAUCCACAACGCUCUCCUCACCUCCAAAGAUGAGGGCGGCGCAAUGUGCAAGUCUGUACGCUCAAACGGGUCCGCGGCACUAGAUUUCUGCUACGUGGCUCACGGUAUGCUCGACGCAUUCUGGGAAGGUGGUGUGUAUUCCUGGGACGUUGCUGCUGGUUGGUGUAUUCUGGAAGAGGCUGGUGGGGUUGUUGUGAGCGCUAAUCCUGGGGACUGGGAUCCGGAGCUAGAGGGUCGUCUUUACUUUGCCGUGCGCAAUGCGAAGCGCGAGGAUCAGCGUGCUGUUAUUCAGGAGCUUUGGGGGAUGAUGGGGGAUAGGAAGUUUGUGUUUCCCUGAGUGCGGUUCUUGGGUGCUUUCACGGCAUGGGGAUGGUAUAGAGGAUUUACAUGCAGUACACGGCUAGGAUCUGGGUUGUUCGGUCAGGCAGUUUGUCCUGCAAUAAACUCAUACAUGAUGAUAUACAAGUAUAUGAGAAUCCCUUCGAUAUGCUUUCGCUGCCUUGACCAAAAGCAAGUGAGCACCAUUGUCGCUGCACGUUAUU